ACAGUAUCUUCCAUUUUUAAUUUCAGGGCGACCUCAAUAAUGUGGAGAAGAAAGCUAUAUUUUUAACAGUACACGACAUAGGAAGCAAUCAUUCCACAUUCCAAGAUUUUGUGGAGCAUCCUUGUAUGUCCGAAAUCAAACCUCGAUCAGUGUUCAUCCAUGUUGAUGUGCCUGGACAAGAUGAUCAUGCAGAUGACCUCCCUUCUGACUUUCAGUUUCCAACAAUUCAACAGCUGGGAGAAGAUCUUGUCUGCAUUUUAGAUCAUUUGAAGGUGAAACUAGUGGUUGGUUUUGGAGAGGGUGCUGGAGCAAACAUUUUAGUUAGAUUUGCUUUAGCACAUCCAUCAAGAGUUCUGGGGUUAGUUCUUAUCCACUGUGUGUCCACUGGUGUGGGUGUUAUGGAAUAUUUUAAAGAUAAGUUCAUGAAUUGGAAACUUUCCAAUGUUGGAAUGAAUCCUUCUACAGAACAGUAUCUAGUGCUUCACAAAUUUGGAGCGCAACUGGAGAAUGUUGAGAAUAAGGAAACACUUAUUCAGGAUUACACAGAAAAACUGAAAAAUAAGAUAAAUCCUAGGAACUUACGUCGUUAUGUUGAAUCUUACAUGAAUCGUAAAGAUGUUACAAGUGCCAUAGAAAAUAAUCUUAAAUCAAUGGAUGUGCUCCUUAUUAGUGGUGGGAGAGCUGCACAUCUUCAGGCCGUCCAAAACCUUUAUGGUCGUAUGGAUAAGCAGAAGACUUCAUUCCUAAAACUUGACAGUGUAGGAGAUGUUUUUGCACAAGCACCGGAAAAAUUAUCCCAAAGCUUACUUUUGUUUGUCAAAGGACUUGGAUAUUUGACUUCUGUGACAAUGCCUGGAGUGGAGCGACAGAGAACUUUUUCAGGAGGCGACCCGAAAUCCCUAGGAGCCAUUGGGCGGCGGCGCACCCUUUCCAUGGAGGAGUACGACAUGCCGCGGCCGAGACGCCUCUCCCUCACUAUUCCCCAGAAGUGAAGUUCUCUCGAGCACCACUUGGUGGAUAUCGCAGUCUCUCUUCUUGCAUUAGGCUGCGUUAACUUUUUAUGUACAUGAUGCAAUGUUUCUUGGGGAAGCUUUUUGAAUAAGUAGGCAGCGAUGUGUUCAAAAAUUUUAAAUAAAAAUAUCCCACAAAAAAAGUGACAUUUCAUUUGGACUCACUGUCUGCCAAUUGAUUGUUAAGCUAAAAACUUAUUGUAUUAGUAAGUUUUGGGAUCUGAUGAAUCUGGAUUAUAUUCUGUAUAUAUAUACAUACAUGUAAGAGUAAUGGAAGAGGCUGAAACAUAUGUAUGCAUGCCACCAAAGGAAUUAGCUUUAGAAUAUUUCCUUUUUGCAAUGGGUGGUUUACAAGAAGUGAAAUUAUUAAUGCUAGAGAUCUUUCAUUAUUUCCUCUUAUAUAAAUUAGAUUGAAAGUAUAAUUUUAAAAGCCUUUAAAACUCAUGUCUAACAUGAUUUAAAUAUUUAGUAUUUCUCUUGUCAACAAACAAUUUAUUGUACAAUUAUACUGUUUAUUAUUCAUUGUUUUGUAUGUUUCAGUAGCAGUGUUUCAUCAGUGUAAAAAUGUUCAUUUAAUUUACUUGACAUUCUGACUAUUACUAUUAAUCAGUUUUACAAAUGCAUGUUUGGCUGUUCUAAAAUUAAUGUUUAUUUUGAAAUUAUUAUGUUUUAUAUUGUUUCUAUUAUGAUUGAGUUAAUAAACCAGAUGUAUUUUGAAAAAAUUAUUUUAAAACAAUUUUCUCGUAAAUAAUGCAUUUUACUUUCUCAUCCUCCGAAUAUAUUCAAAUUAGUUAAAUAUUUUGUUUAUUCAUUAAAAUUAAUUCAGCAUGAUGCAAAAAGUUUUUAAUCUGUUUUAUAGGGAUUUAUACUGAAAUUAGUAAUAGUUUGAAUAUCUGGUUUGCCAUAAAUACCCUUCAGUACAUAGGCAUAAUCAAUCUAAUCACUAUUUGUCUUAUUUAGCCUUGGAAAUGAAAUAAAUCUUGGUUACUGCAUUUUAUGAUUUUUCAGAAACAGAUCUGCUUUUAUUGUUCUUUAGCUUCUGUUAACAAAGAAGCUGUAAAUUUUUAUCAGCCUAUAUAUAUGUGUCCCUAUAUCAUCAAUGUAGAAAGAAUGAUUUACUGAUGAUCGGUAGCAUAGAUUUCAGUGGCAGAUUUAGCACUUGUAAAUUUUCUGACGAUGUGCAGCUACAUUUUGAAGCAUUACUUCAUUCAUCGUCAAGAUUUUCAACAUUGUUGUAGAGAAUUAACGUGAUGCUUAACUUGGGGAAAAAUUUCUUAAUUAAGUAAUGUUCCAGAUUUUGUUUAAUUUGAUGCUAUCGUCUAGUGAUUACUGAAUUUUAGAGAUUAUUAUUACCAGUUGUGUGGAAUUAGUAAUUUUGUUUCCUUUUUGUUUCCCAUGUUUUGUAGUUAUAUAGUAAAUCUAAAAGUUGUAUCACCAUUUUAACAAAACAUUUGUUGGUGUAAAUUUCUUACUGAAACUUUGCAGCUGAGUAUUUGCUCUGUUACUUAUAUGAGUAAGACAGCAGAAAUACUACAAUAUAAUUUGUUAUAGUUUUAUUCUUCUCAUAAACUAUUUUAUUGUACAUUAUUAUAAAGUAAAAGGAAACUAUUAAUUAGUUUGAUACCUGUGAUAAAAUUUAUAAUUUUUUGAAUGUAGUGUUUGAUAAAUUUGAUAACAGCUGCAUUCAUAAACAACUUUCUGUCAUUAAAUUUUUUUCAUUUAUAAUAUUGAAUCUUUUUUUUUAAGCAGACUCCUUUAGAAGGUAUAUAAAAAUAAAUUACAUAAAAAUUUCCUUAAAAUAACAUUAUUAGGUGGUAUAUUAAAAACAUCAAAAAGUUCGUUUUUAGUUUCUUCAGAAUUUUAAAAGAAUGAAAUAUGGGAAGGUCAGCCUUCUUAAUAUUCUUACAAAAGUUUUUACUUCAUUUUUAUUGUACAUAUUUAGCCAGAUAUGCUUUAAUUUUAAUACAAGAAAAAACAGACUAACAACAACAUCUUUAGAUAUUUCUUUACACAUAAUGUUUGAUACUAAUCGUAUACCUUCUUCAUUAGUCACCAGUUUUGCCUUUGGUAAGCUGUGAUGUUGUUUUAAUAGUAAGUGAAUUUCAUUUAUGCGAGGGAAAAGACUGGUAACUGCUGCACAAUCAGGUGCCAAUUAUAUAUAUCUCCUAGUUUUAAAUAUUGAUUACAUCACUUGGUUACAAAACAUUUUCUCUUCAUGCAGAGCAUAUGUUUUUUUCUAAAAUAUUUUGGCAAGUCAGUUUGGCUGUACUACAAGAAAGUUUGUGCCAUAGUUCAUAAAUAUACCUCUACUCGCUAACAUCAAGCAAGGAAAAAAAAACUUAAAAUAUUUGUAAGCAUAUUUACGUCAUAGAAUUGAUAAGUGUUCUAAAUUUAGCUGAAAAGAUGGUAAAAAAUUAGUAGAGUGUAUUAUCAUUGUGAUUGAAAAUAGUUUUUCUUCUAUGUGAAAACUUGUUAUUUAGCUAGCAAUUUGCUAAUUUUACAUUCGCGAAAUCUAAAAUCGCGCUUACAGUUAAUGGAAGUUUCAGAAUAUGUAUAGAUCUAGGAGAAAUUUGUGUGCAUUCUUUAAACAUAUUAUGAGUGCUACAGAAUUCAGCUUAAAAACUUAGAUUAGUUUCAUGCAAGAGUUUACUACUUUAGAUUAGUUUCAUCCAAUAUUUGCUAUAUCUUCUUUUAAUGAAAUUUUAUUGCAUUAUUAAAAUAUACAAUUUUUCUUAAUUUUACUAAGGUAGAUAAAUUUUUCAUUCUUGUAAUGCUACACAAAUUAAACAUAAAUAUUAAGAAGAAAUAUGUUGGUAGGUGCUUUUUAUACUAAGGGGCAAGUUAAAGCUUUAAAUUAUUGAACAUGUCUGGCAUAUUAUUAUAAAAUAUCUCCCAUUAUGUAUGUUUGCAGAAUAAUGUCUGUAAAAAAGAAUAAAUUCACUUUCUUUAUGUUGUUUAUAGCACUAUUACAUUUAUUCUUUAAACAAAUUUAUGUAUAUUUGCAAAAAAGACAUGUGUGUGUUUUUGUCUGUUCCUUAAUGUAGCAGAUUUUCAACCAAAUAAAAAUAUUUCUAUAAUUAGGUAAUUUUUCCUAGGCAUAAAACCAGUAUUUUGUAAAUGAUUUGCAAUAAGUGCACUACAUUCUUAUAUUAACAAUAACGUUGUUGAAUUUGUGUAACAAAUACUUUAUGUAACCUCAAGAUGUAGAAUUAGUAAUUAUCCUAAAGAACUUCAUCACCUAAUUUUGACAUUUGAAUAUAAUUAUCUCAAAAGAGUACCGUAGUUUAAAAAUAGCAGAACAAACUAGAAAGCUUUAUGUAUGUACUACUGAGAAAUACAAGAGUAUAUUAAACUUUUUUAUGUAUAACCAUCAGUGUGUUAUUGCAGUUUAUUUUGUUGUACUUUAGUUUUCAGAUACAAUUGAGCAAUAAAACAGACUAUUAGUCAUUGGGAACUGUCUCAAAUGUUAGCAUAUAUAUACAUAAAAAGAAUGAAUGUUGUAUUCCAUUUUGUGAAUAUCUGAUGUGUAAAUAUUAAACAAUGAAUGCUAAUGACGUCUGUACCUCUAAAGCUGUUUAUUCAGUUAUUUUAAUAUUGGAAUACUCAUGAAAGAAAAAUAUAUAGCUAAACAAUCAUUGAAAAAAACAUAACAAAUUGUUUAAUUUGAUCCUCUCAGUAGAGUGCAAAUUUUUAUAAUCAUAGCUCAAAGAAAUUAAAUAAUCAGUAAAAUAUAAAUGUGUAAUUUCUCUUUAAUUCUUUUUUGUUUUCUUGUUCUUUUAAAUCCUGUCAUCAGCAUUAAAAGAAGAGUUAUUUAUCAUCAGCACUAAAAGAAGAGUUAUUAUAUUUGCUAAUUCAGUUAUUAUAUCUGUUGUAUUUGUGCAUCACCAACUAAUGUAGAUGUAGAUGAAAAGCUUUGAUAAUUAGCGUUAUAAUAAUUUAAAAGUAUCCUGCAUAUACAUACUUUUACAUAACUAACAUGCACAAAUAUUCCACCUGUUACUUUUAUGAUUUCUUUAAUACAUAAAUGCCUUUGCAAAUAUUUUUCAAAGAUAACAUACCUGAUCGAAGUCAGAUAUUUAUCAAUUCUAAUUCUUAGAUAAUUAUUGUAUGUAUUAAAUAAUCCCUUAUAGGAUCUCUGUGUUCUUUUUUCUUUGCAUUCUGUAUAUUCUAUUAAAAAAUAUGAAUUAUAGUAAUCUAUUCAAAAUUUCUUAGCAAUUUAGAAGGCUAAUACAAAUUUAAAGUGUUUUUCAUUUUAAAGAAUAAUUCUUUCCAUGUGAUUUUGAAAGAGUUACAUUAGUAGGAUAUUCAAAAUUUAAAAUUACCAAUUAUUAAACUGCUGAAAAAAUGAUUUCAAUCUUUUAAAAGUCACAUUUAACAUUCUGUGCUAACUUAUAGUAAUUAACACAAAUUUACCAAUUUAUUUAUUGUUAUUUUUUUUUUAAAUAUCUUGAUAUCAUAUAUUACAUUGGUACGUUUUUAUGUUUAAUAUUUCUGCCACAUAACAUCUUUAGUAUUGUGAAACUUCUUUUGUGUGUAAUUAAGCAGCCAGAUGGCUUAGUUUUCUUUUUUAAACAGCAGGUAAGUUUAAAUAUAUAUGCCUGAUUAAUUUCAGUAUGAAUUAUUUUAGAGUAUUAUGGUUGUGUAUUCAAAAUAAAUUUUAAAUGUAUCAAGUCAUUAAAGUUUAAUGUAUGAGUUUAUCAAGUUUUAAAUAUAUGAGUACUUCAAAUGGAAAUAAUUUAAUUUAAAAAAAUUUUGUUUCAGAUAGUAAAAAAAUUUUGAACAAAGUCAGAAUUUUACAAUUAUUUCAAAAUUCAUAAAAUUCUAUAAUUGAUGAUACAAUAUUUGUUAUGAAAAUAAGUAUCGGUCAAUCUGCUUAAUGUGUUUGAGCUGUAUUUUUAAGAAUUAAAAUUUUCUUCGAAGUAUUAAAAAUAUAUAUAUUAAAACUAUAAAGGUUACUUUUUUAUGUUUGAUUUUACCCAUAUUACAAUAGUUUGAAACCAUCAAAACAUUUUAAAACUUAAAAACAUUAGAAUUACCUUCAGGUAAUAUCUGCUUUACAGGUACAGAUACAUUACCCAGUCCAGUAAAAACAUUUUUUGAAUUUCCUUAGAAGCUAUGCAAAAACUGAACUGGGUAAUAAUAUCCAUUAGAAGUGAUAUUUGUAACAAAUGCUUCAAGUAUAUUUUUAAAGUAGUGUAUCUGGUUUUUGAAUAUUUCUUAAUGCUGCACUUUACUGUUACAUUUAGCAACUGCGGGCAUUGUGAUUAUGCUUUCUUAGAUACUUAUGUGACUGUUAGAAUUUAUACACUUUUGUUAGAAUGUAUGAACAUGUCCUAUGUAUUGUAAAGCAACAGAUACUCAUAAUUAAUUUCACAUUAAAUUAAUGUAAAUUAUGACAGAUACAGAAAUGCAUGUAAUUGAUUUUUUGCCAUAAAAUAUAGAUUUCAUAUUUAAAUAUUACUAGAAAGUGAUGAUACCAGAAACUGUAAAUCAGGUAUUGAAAGCCUUACAAAAAAUCAUCAUGAUGCAGUGUGUCAUAUGCUUUGCUAUUCAAUUUCAUAAUAAUAGUGAUAUCUAGUUUUUUAACGAACUUUUUUUAAUAAAAUUGCUUAAUUUUAGUAAUGUGACAGCUUCAUUAAUAUGUUUCAUUAAAAAAAAAAUAUGCAAAACUGCUGUUAUAUAUUUAGGAAAUCAGCAAAAUUAUUACUGAAGUAGUUCAUUGUAUAAUUAUAUAAAUACCUUAUGGCUUUAAAAUCCAUUUUAUGUCACACACAGUGCACAUAAUUUUGCAGUCACUGCACGUCUGAUGAACACUUCAAAAAAGUUAUUUCCUGAAGUCACAGUCCAUUUGCUGUUAUUGUACUCUUUAUACAAACCAAUUGUAUUUGGCAAAGAAUUAUAAUAAAGUUGCUAAAUUGUGCAGUU